UGGUAAAAUUUUAAGAAAUUUUUACCUUUUUGAUAAAAAUCUGAACUUGUGGUUUUCUUUUGCUUUAGCGAAAAAGGGCUAUUUUUAGUUAAUACUGUGUCUCGUUUUCCAUCUUUUGGCAUACUUUUGGGUGGUGUUUCUUGGUUGUCAUUUUGUACUUUUGUUUCAAGUUGAAAACGUUUGACUUGUAAACGUUGAAUGGUACAAAGAUUAGAAAAAGGAAAGGGGAAAAUGAAUGAGAGAUUGUUAUAAUAGUGAAAGGGUUUGAGGUAGUUUUUGUAUUUCUUUGAAUGAAGUUGGGAUUUUUGACAAGGUUCAUGUGAGCCCUUUAAUCUGCUCUCAUUAAUUAACCCCCUUUCCCUCUCCAUUCUUCAUUCUUGAAUUUUGCUUCAAAGCAUUUACUGGUGAUAGGGUUUUGAUUUUGAUUUGGGGAUUUUAAGUUUCUAAUUGUGAAUUUUUCUUGGAGCAGGAUAACCAAUCUGGUUGAUUUGGUCAGCAUAUUGAGUUUUGAAUUCUAUCUGGUGAAAUAUCUGUUUGAAUACCCAGAGUAUUGGAUUUCGGUUUUCGCUUGAAGAUCCAAGCAAUUCUUGGGCUUUUUGCAGAAUGGCUAUAGCAUUAACCUCCCUGUCAUGGUGGCUGUGGAGUGGGAAACACCAAGAACCCAAAAUCUCGAAAGGGAGUACCUUAAACCCAUUGCCUGAAUCUGGGUUGUGGGAAUUGGAUACCGUGAAGUUUCCCCUCGAUCGCAGGCAAAAUAUGGCUUCCACUUCCAGAAGGGUUAAGCGGAAAUGGCACAGCAGGGAGGAGAGGAAGGUUGAUAAAGAGUAUGACAUUGUUCUCGUGCCAUCGGACGGUGGAUGUGUGUCGGGGUCUGAUUCUGAUGAUUCCGAUUGGUCAAUUGGAUGGAUGGAGCCUCAUGGCUCGGGCUUCCAAAGUGACGAUGAAUCAGAUGAUAGUUUCGCUGUGCUGGUUCCUUGCUAUGGGCGCGGUGGUGGUGGUGGUGGAAUCAAUUUAGCAAACAAUUUGCAAGAACAGUUUCUGUGCACCAUUCGAAACAUCCCAGAUAUAUAUGCCACAGACAAUGCAGACAGCAAGACAUACAUGGAACAAUGGCUUUCCUCACUUCAGAAUCGUUAAAGUCUCACAAACAAGAAAGGCGGGGAAUCAAGAACACUAAGAUACGAGAAUAAACAGCAGAGGAUUGAAAUAUUGUGCUUCCUAUAUGAUCGUGUGUCUAAAGUAAAAGACGAUGAAGAAUGUAAAUAUGCAAUUUUAGUACUAGGUUGAUUAUAUGGUGUCUUGUCUCUUGGCUCUCUAGCUUAGGCUUAGAAAACGCUAAACCAGAACGAGGAAGGGAGAAGGCGGGGUUAUGUCGUGUGCCUUACAAACAUUCUUUGGAAUUUGGAGUAUAUAAUUAUGUGACAUCUAUUGCUUGGUUCUUUAUUCUACCUUGUUGCAUAUAGAUCAGUUUGAUUGUGAAUGAAGAUGUUCUACUGUAAAUAACUGGAUAAUGUAUCAUCCCAUUAUAAUGUAUCAACUUUAUUCUACCUGUUGCAUAUAGAUCUGUUUGAUAAUGUUUGAUUGUGA